AUGGCGGCGUGCCGGGCGCUGCUGGCGGUGCGGCGCGGGGCCGGGGCGGGCGGGCGGCGCGGGACCACGGGGGCGAGGGCGGCGCGGCGGGUGCCCGUCCCCCGGGGGCGGGCGUGCCUACCUCGGAUUUCCACACGACGUGCCGCUCCUGGGGCCGGUGCCGGGGCCGUGGCGGCGCGCAGCCGCCUGUACGAGCACGUGCGGGAGGGGCUGAGCGCGCGGCCGCAGCUCGACGUGACCGCCCUCAGCGAGCGCGACGUGGAGCGGCGACGCGGGCCGCUGCGGGGUGCUGCUCUCAGGGAGAUCGUGCGGACGUGGUCGCGGCUGCGGCAGGUACAGGACAGCAUUGCCCGGCUGGAGGCUGAGAAGGGACGUGUGGCCCAAGGGGUCCACAAGAUCAUGGCCUCCCGUGACAAGGUGGCAGCUGAGACGCAGCUCCUGGAGCUGGCAGCACUGCGGGAGCAGGGCCGAAGCCUCCGUGGACAGCUCCGGGCACUUGAGGCUGAGGAAUCUGACCUGGAGCAAAGAUUUUAUCUGGGGGCCUUGCAGCUGCCCAACAGAACCCAUCCUGCUGUGCCCGUUGGGGACCAGAGUCAGGCCCGGCUGCUCGAGCUGGUUGGGGAGAAACCAGUGUUUGAUUUCAAGCCAAAGGGACACCUGGAGCUGGGCGAGGGGCUGGACAUCAUCCGGCAAAGGCGCCUGUCACACGUGUCGGGCCAUCGUUCCUAUUACCUGUGCGGGGCUGGGGCUCUGCUCCAGCACGCCCUCGUCACCUUCACCUUGCAGAAGCUGCUCAGCAAGGGUUUCCUGCCCAUGACGGUGCCGGACCUGYUGCGAGGAGCCGUUUUUGAGGGCUGUGGGGUCCAGCCCAGUGCUGCCCCCUCCCAAGUUUACACCAUCGACCCUGCACGCUUCGAGGAUCUAUGCCUGGCUGGGACCUCGGAGGUGGGAAUUGCAGGGUAUUUCAUGGACCACGCAGUGCGGCUGCAGGACAUGCCCAUCAGGGUCGUAUGUUCCAGCACCUGCUACCGUGCCGAGACCGACACUGGCAGGGAGCCCUGGGGACUCUACCGUGUUCACCAGUUCACCAAGGUGGAGAUGUUUGGGGUGACAGCGGCUGAGCAUGGGACAGAGAGCGAGGAGCUGCUGGAUGAGUUCCUGGGGCUCCAGAAGGAGAUUUUCUCUGAGCUCGGGCUCCAUUACCGAGUCCUGGACAUGCCCACGGAAGAGUUGGGGCUCCCCGCUUACCGCAAGUUCGACAUCGAGGCCUGGAUGCCUGGACGAGGCAAAUUUGGGGAGAUUUCCAGUGCUUCCAACUGCACUGAUUACCAGAGCCGGCGACUGAACAUCAUGUACAGCACCGAGGAGGGCCAGCUCAGCCAUGCCCACACGGUGAAUGGCACUGCCUGCGCUGUGUCACGGAUGCUCAUUGCACUCCUCGAGUGCAACCAGCUCCCGGAUGGUCGUGUCCGGGUGCCCCCCGUGCUGCAGCCGCUGGUGGGGCGGGAGGUGCUAGCCCGGCCCCCAGCCCCCCUCCUGCACUACAUCGGCCCCAACCAGCCUGGGGGGGCACCCUGCAAAAUGGAGAGGGGUGGAGAGGGGUCCCCACGGAGGAGCCGGAGUCAGGGCAGGUCCGGGAUGGAGCUGUGACGACAUGGGACGGACACGCGAUGGACACAGCAUGGAUGUAACAUGGGAUCUGCAGGACACUGGACACGAGGCACAGAACACAUACGGUGUGGGACACACGGG